AAACGGGCGACGACAGCCUCCCUCAACAAGAUGGAACAAGUGGAAGCAACAGUUAUGACAUCCGCCCACGGCCACGGCAGUCCCAAACUUGCCUGCGGCCUAUCGAUGCUGCUUCGAUUGGCGACAGCUGUCUCGCAGUCGAGGCGUAUUUACCUUUUGCGGCAUGUCAACGGCAACGGCAGCUGGGCUAGGCUCUGCUUGCGCAAUGACUGA